AUGAAACUGACGUUUGGGAUUCUGCCCAUCAAGGAGAACCCAUGCACUUCUAUUUCUAGUGUCACUGUCGGUCUGUGUCUUCUCACCCUCCUCCUGAUGGCCCUCAGGGGCCGAAAGAGCCACCAACACAACCCCCAGUCGGACCACACUAAAUAUCCUCCUCCUCCUGGCCCCACACCGUGGCCCCUUGUCGGUAACCUGCUCCAGAUGGGGGACCAGAUUCAUCUUUCUCUAACACUUCUGAGGCUCCAAUAUGGUGAUGUUUUCAAGAUACAUCUGGGCUCCUUGACUGUUGUGGUCCUGAGCGGAUACUCCACCAUCAGACAGGCACUGGUCCGACAGGGGGAUGCUUUUGCAGGGCGGCCUGACCUUUUCACCUUUUCUGCUGUGGCCAACGGGACCAGUAUGACCUUCAGUGAGAAGUACGGACCGGCCUGGAUGCUCCACAAGAAGCUGUGCAAGAACGCCCUCAGGUCUUUCUCCCAGACUGAGCCCAGGGGGUCUGGUGCCACCUGCCUGCUGGAGGAGCAUGUCUGUGCUGAGGCUGCUGAGAUGGUGGAGGUGCUUCGGGAGCAGGUUGCUGCUAAAAGGGAAAUGGGCCAAGAUGUGACGGGCAUAGAUCCAGUGAUACCCUUGGUAACCUCAGUGGCAAAUGUUGUGUGUGCCCUCUGCUUUGGGAAAAGGUAUGACUACAAUGAUAAGGAGUUUCUCACUAUUGUCCACAUCAACAAUGAGGUCCUGAGGAUCUUUGCAGCAGGAAAUCUGGCCGAUUUUUUCCCUGUGUUUCGUUACUUUCCGAGUCCAUCUCUGAGGAAGAUGGUGCAGCACAUUCAGAGGAUGAAUGGAUUCAUGGAGAGGAGCAUUGAGGAGCACAUCAACACCUUUAAUAGGAACUGUAUCCGGGAUAUUACAGACGCUCUGAUUGCACUUUGUGAGGACAGGGAGGAAAAUAAGGAAACGUCUGUGCUCUCCAACUCUCAGAUCAUUCACACUGUUGUAGACAUCUUUGGAGCAGGAUUUGACACCAUCAUUGCUGGUUUACAGUGGAGCCUGUUGUACCUCAUCAAGUUUCCUGACGUCCAGGACAGAAUCCAGCAGGAGAUAGAUGACCACAUAGGCACAGCCAGACUGCCCAGGUUUUCAGAUAAGACUGAGAUGCCUUUCACGGAGGCGUUCAUAUAUGAAGUGUUUCGUCAUGCUUCCUACAUCCCUUUCACCAUACCUCACUGCACCACAAGAAACAUCACCCUGAAUGGAUAUUUCAUUCCUAAAGACACAUGUGUCUUCAUCAACCAGUAUCAAGUCAAUCAUGAUGCUGAUCAAUGGGGUGACCCGGACGCGUUUCGCCCUGAACGAUUCCUGGGUCCGUCAGGACUCCUCAACAAGGAGCUGACGGAGAAGGUUCUCAUCUUUGGCAUGGGGAAGAGACGCUGUCUCGGGGAUGGAUUUGCUCGCUUGGAGAUGUUUGUGUUUCUCACCACACUGCUCCACGGGCUGCAGAUUGAAAAUGUCCCGGGGCAGGAGCUGGAUCUCAGCACUGACUUUGGUCUGACGAUGAAACCACGUCCAUACUGUUUCACCAUCUCCUCCAGGUUUUAGAUCUUCAAAACCCCAGAUAAUGCUCUGUGUGGACGUUUUGGAAUAUCACAAAUACUAAUUAUUUUGUAUCCGCCACUGUUUUUUGGCAAACCUUCAUCACACCUCAGAAAUACAACACCUCCCUCUAUUCAUAGAUUGGAAUAUUUGUUU